AUGUCGUUCCGCGAGCUGCGAAAUCUGACGGAGAUGAUGCGAUCCCUGGGUUAUCCUCGCCCCAUUUCGAUGGAGAACUUCCGCACGCCAAACUUCGAGUUGGUAUCGGAUCUGCUUUACUGGAUGGUGAAGAAAUACGAUCCAAGUUCCAGUAUCACCGAAGAAAUCGACACAGAGGACGACCGAGUUGAGUUUUUAACACAGGUGGCCACCGAAGUGCUGGCUAAAGCUCGUAUCCGUCUUAACCCGAAGAAGCUGUACGCAGCCGAUGGUUUCGCUGUCAAGGAGCUGAUCAAACUUGCACGUGUAUUGUAUGAGGCUUCACGGAUCGAUCUGGCUGCUCAACAGGAACCUGACGACGACGACGACGAAGUAUCGAUCAAGUCUUUGCUAGGGUCACGCGUAAAAGACCCCAAGGCCACACGUCAACUCGCAUCGGACAUCACACAGUCCGGCGCCAAACUCUACGACCUCCUGGAGACAGAACUCGACGUCCGAGACGCAAGACAACAAGCAAUCCGCUUCUUGGAUGCACUCUCCACUAAGCACGAAAACUCGAGCGAACAAAAGUUCCUUGAGCGAAGUAUCCAAGACAUCUUGGUCAGUCUACAAGAGAAUGUCGAGUUAACCGAGCGCCAAGUGGUAGAGCUGGAUGCUGAAGAGAAAGCUCUGGCAGCGAAGAUCAAGAAGGCGCAGACAGAUCUCGAACGUAGUGAGAAACGACUCAAGAGUUUGCAACACGUUCGUCCGGCGUUUAUGGACGAGUACGAGAAGCUCGAGAAGGAGCUGGAACGUCAAUAUGCCAUCUAUUGUGAACGGUUCCGCAACCUUGACUACUUGCAACGAGAGCUGGAUCUACACAAUAGUCGCGAGAUGAAGAAACUUGCUGAGAACGAUAGAUCGCUCAAGAAAUUACAGAAGAAAUUCCGUGAUGAUGAGUUGGCCAUUUUGCGAGGUGAACAGGAAGAUCAGAUUGAGAACUCGAUGCUGGAUGUGAUGGAGAGCAACAACAAUAGCAGACAUAGCGGAGGGAAAACACGUCAAGCGAGUGUCUCGGGGAGCAACCAAAAAGGUCGCGGGGCUGUGAAGAAGAGAGCCGGCUCUGAUGAGGACAGCAGCUCCGAAGGAAUCAGUGGCAGUGGCAGUGGGAGCAGCGAUGAGGACGACUCAAGUGACGAAAGUGAUGUACGUCUUCCAAGCGGGGGAAACGCUCAUGAUGGAUCGGACUCGGAUCAGGUCUCGCUUGCAGACUCUGGAGAACUUAUUGACAAUGAUGAUGACUCAGGGUCUGAAGCAGGGUCUGGGUCUGGAUCUGGUUCAGGAUCGGGAGCUUCGGGUUCGGAAACUAAUUCGGAUUCUGAUCAAGAUUUCUGA